UUCCGCGACCCGCCGAGAUGCCCCCUCCGUGGUCGCUGCUGAUCCUGGCGCUGAGCGCCCCGCUGGCAGGUGGCUUCGUCCUGCACCUGGAGACGGACUGCCUCCUCUCGGCCGACGGCGGCCUCCUCCAGCCCAGCUGGACGCUCUUCUUCAACAAGAUGCCCUUCACCUGCUUCGACUUCCAGGCCAAGGGCUUCGUGCCCUGCGGCCUGGGCGCCUCCCCGCUCUGGGGUUACUACUUGGGGUUCCCCGUCGCCGAUUGGCUCACCAACACCUCCCUGCAGCUGCCCGAGGACACCACCCAGCAGUGCCAGCUGCGGGGCCAGGCGCUCUGGGCACAGACCGGGGACAGGCGGACUGCACCGAAGGUCCUCAUCUCCCCGGUUACCCCCCAGAACACUCCGGACCCCAUCAUGCUGGCCUGCAUGGUGUGGGGCUUCUACCCAGGAGACGUCAACAUCACCUGGCUUUGGAACGGGGAGCCCGUGAAGGACCGCCUGGAGCCCCCACGGGUCACCAGUAACGGGGACUGGAGCUACCAGGCGCAGCUGACGCUGCCGGUUGACCCCCAGAAGGGGGGCAGCUACACUUGCUCCGUCCACCACUCCAGCCUGAAGGCACCCCUCACCGCAGAAUGGGCCCCAGGCGUUUCAUGA